AUGGAGUGGGGGCAUUCCCAAGAAGACGAACCAAAACAGACAUCCAUAAUCAAAGGAAUUGGGGUAAAAAAACCCUGUGGGAUAUCGCCUUUCAAAAGCAAGCUCGGGUUGAAUAUUUGCCCCAAAGUUCAAGAUGGACGGAAUCGGAACGAUCCGGAGAAACUGGAGAGUGUGGGAGGUGGAAGCAUGCAGACUGAGUGCAAUAGGCACGAAGAUGGAGGGGAAGUGAAAGUUUCCCAGAAUCUAAAAAAUGUAAGAAAGCAGAAGGAUUGUGCAGUACAUAUAAGUCUGCUGGGAGGGGGAAGUGUGGAAGACGAAUCUCUGAAUGGGAGGAAGUUGGAACUGAUGGGAGACAAAUUGGGGCGGUUGGGAUGGUCUUUUAUAAGUCGAAUCAAGUGAGGAAAAGCUCGAGUCUGUGGGGCGUGACUGAGACGACCCAACCUGACGCGAUUCAGCCUGACGCGAUCAAGGCUGUUGCAACCAAUCCUGUUGUGACCAAUCAUGUCGCGCCGUAUACUUUGUCAAAAAUAAAGCAGCAUUAAAG